CGUAAAUGUGAUUACACUAUGGCUCUGCCAGCACCUUCACCUACUCAUCUGCUACGUUCACAUUCGAUCGCAGUAAGCACCCUGUUCAUAUCGACGGACAACGAGCGAAUCUACUCCGGAGAUGCCGCAGGACAAGUUGUGAUCACUUCCACGCGCUCAUUGCGACCACUCGCAUCAUGGAAAGCUCAUACUGACUCCCUGUUAGGCGUUCAAGAAUGGGGGUCUCAAAUCUUAACACAUGGGAGGGACAAUAAACUUCACGUCUGGGCAAGACCUGAGGAAUCCGCUUCCAUCAGACAAGGACCUGCAACUGAUCUGUCGGAUCUAUCAAUCCCAACGAUAUGUUACUCGAUGGACGUCAACGCCCUGAACUACUGCAGGUUUUCUCUCAUGUUCCCUACAGGAUCAAGCGAGCAGGAAGGUCUGCUCGCCAUUCCGAACCUAGUGGAAUCAGCUCUGGCAGAUAUCUGGUCACUUCCGUCGCGUCAAAGACUCCAUGCCGCCAUAGGUGAUCCACUAGACACCUCCGCAACAGCCUUCUCCGAUGGCAGGUCGGGCAGCAAAUCGGGAAUCAUCAUGUCAAUGCAUCUCUUUUACGCUGCUUCGUCUGCACCUUCGUCCUCUACAUCAGCAAGAGAGCUGCGACUCUUAUGCGCGUACGAAAAUGGAGGCGUUGUUCUCCGGAAGCGCACUGCACCCGAAAAUAAACAGACCGUCGAGGGCCGCGGAUGGGAGGUAUUGUGGAAAUCCAAACUUCAUGUAGAAUCAGUGAUGGCGAUGGCGGUCUCUUUAGACUGCACUUUUGCUUUAACCAUAUCGGCUGACCAUCUGGUGGGACGGUAUGAUCUUUUGAAGACCCAGGAAGAAGCAGGAACUGCAUUCAAGACCAAACAUCCAGGAAAUGGCUCUAUCGCCAUAUGCGGCGACGGAAGAGUGUGUGCGAUAGGAGGAUGGGACGGCAAAAUGCGGUUAUACUCAACGAAGACGUUUAAGCAGCUGGGAACCCUUGUGCAUCACAAGCAAGCAUGCCAAGCGGUUACGUUUGCCUCCGUUAUCGAUCCCCCUUUUGGUAACACACCUCUUCGUGGAGACUUGAGGGAUGAUUCUUCCGGUGACGAGGACGAAAUGACUGUUGAGGAAAAGCGUGUCCGUGCUCGGUGGUUGAUUGCAGGCAGUAAGGACGCGAAGGUGUCAAUUUGGGCCUUGAUGGACUUUGAGAAGACAAGUACAUGAGUUGCGCCAAAAUUCACGACAAACCGAGAAUGUGUCGAGAACUAUUGGAUGUUACGACGCGUUUGGUCUAGAGAGAUGAAGGGGGCGGGGGGUAGGACGCUCAGAUGUUGAAGCAGGCAAGUCUGUAACAGCUGGCUUGUAAAUAUUAGUAAUCGCGAACGAACGU